GCUGGGCGGUGACGUAACGGGGGCCGGCGCGGGUCGUUGAUUCGGCCGGAGCUGCCAGCGGGGUGGCUGCCGCCGCGGCUUAUUACAGCUGCUGGAGCAGCAGCGGCCCUCGCCCCCGGGCACCCCUCCCGGGCCUCGAGCUCUGGCCGCGCACGAACGGUGGCAGGAGAGGGGCAGCAGGAUGAAUGUGGGAACAGCACACAGCGAGGUGAACCCCAACACGCGGGUGAUGAACAGCCGUGGCAUCUGGCUGUCCUACGUGCUGGCCAUCGGGCUCCUCCACGUCGUGCUGCUCAGCAUUCCCUUUGUGAGCGUCCCCGUCGUCUGGACCCUCACCAACCUCAUCCACAACAUGGGCAUGUACAUCUUCCUGCACACGGUGAAGGGGACCCCCUUCGAGACCCCAGACCAGGGCAAGGCGAGGCUGCUAACCCACUGGGAGCAGAUGGACUAUGGAGUGCAGUUCACGGCAUCUCGGAAAUUCCUGACCAUCACACCCAUCGUGCUGUACUUCCUCACCAGCUUCUACACCAAGUACGACCAGAUCCAUUUCAUCCUCAACACUGUGUCCUUGAUGAGCGUGCUCAUCCCCAAGCUGCCGCAGCUCCAUGGAGUCCGGAUUUUUGGAAUCAAUAAGUACUGAGGGUGCAGCCCCUUCCCCUGCGUGGGAUGGCAGGGGAGGGGUAGAAGCCUGUGCUGUGACGCUGAAGACAGAAGGAGCCGCCGGGUACUGCCGGAGCUGGGGGUUGAGCCUCUGGGCCCUAGUUUCCCCCUCACUUCCCACAGUAGCAGACUUGAAGUAGUUUGGGGUGGGCCCCCCCCCCGGGGCUCUGACCCCUCCUGAUUCUUUUGAUCUUUUCCUUUUGCCUCAUGGGGGUGCUCCUGGAAUGGGCUGGGCUCCUGCGCUGAACACAGACCUAUGAGGUUCGGACGAGAGGCCAGGGAAGCCCUCUGCUCGCUUGCGCCUCCUUGGCCUGCUAAAGCACUUUAACCCCCGUGAGCAGGGCAGAGGGAACGGUACAGCUUCUGGUUUGUUUCACUUUAAUUCUUAAGUCUUUAGGAUGACACUUAGUGUGUGCUUAUAUAUACGAAAGCAGUUGUGUGAGAGUGCCUCAUCCCUCUGGGUAGAGAAUUGUCUAAUUCAAGUCAGACAGCUCCCGUACAGCACCCCCCGGGGUACUAGGUGCGGGUGGGGAGGGUAAGGAGAUGUGGGGGGAUGGGGCUGAGUGUGCAUGGCCUGGUCCCAGAGGUGGGGGGCCAGGGCUGCAGCCUUCUGGCCCUGGUGGAGGUGGGGAGGGGGCUGGGGGCAGGGGUGGGGAGGGUGAAUUGAGACUGAAAACAACGGGGCCGCAGAGCAGCGGGGGUUCGUGUAAGGUGCGGGGUGGGGUGGGGGGGAACAGACCCAACCUCAUUCUUUGGGAAGUGGUCAGGGAAGGGGGCAGUCUUGGAGGGUCACUUACCCACAGCAUGGUGGGGGUAAUGGGA